GCGCGUGAAAGGCCGCCGGCGAGUGGCCUGCCGUGCUCCCUCUGGGCGCUAGAUGUCUCCGCAUGCCUCGCUUGGUCUCUGGGGCCGGGCGCGGCCAUUGUUCUCGUGGCCCCGGCCUCGCUUCCUUUCCCGGCUGGGAAGAGCCCUGCGGCCCGCUCUCCUUGUCUCCCGCCGGCCGAGCAGCUGAAGAGGCGGUUUGUUUGGCGCCACUCCGGGCAUGGAGGGGGAGAGCACCACGGCCCUUCUGCCGGGUUUCGUUUUUGGCGCCCUCGCUUUCCAUCACCUCAGCACCGACUCGGACACUGAAGGCUUCCUCCUUGGGGAUGUGAAGGGUGAAGCCAAGAACAGCAUUACAGACUCUCAGAUGGAUGAUGUUGAAGUUGUGUACACAAUUGAUAUACAAAAACAAAUUCCAUGCUACCAGCCUUUCAGCUUUUACAACUCAGCUGGAGAAUUGAAUGAGCCAGCGCUGAAGAAUAUAUUGUCAGGAUGCAGAAAGGCUGUGGUAGGCUGGUAUAGACUCAGGCGUAAUACUGACCAGACAAUGACGUUCAGAGAGCGACUCCUUCAUAAGCAUUUACAGUCACAUUUGUCAAAUCAGGGCCUUGUUUUUCUGUUACUAACUUCCAGUGUAACGUCUUCAAGUUCAUCCACUUACAAACUUGAAUAUGCCUUACAUAAACCACAAGAGGGUCUUUUCCAGAAAGUUCCUCUUGUUGUUGCCAAUUUGGGAAUGGCAGAACAGCAAGGAUACAGAACUGUGUCUGGUUCUUGUAUUUCUUCUGGCUUUUGUAGAGCAAUUGCAAAACACAGGUCAGAAUUUUUUAAUGAAGAUGGGUCUCUAAAAGAGGUUCAUAAGAUUAAUGAAAUGUAUGCUACUUUGCAGGAGGAACUGAAGAAUUUAUGCAGUAAAGUAGUGGAUAGUGAAAGGUCAGUAGAGAAUCUGCUUGCAGAAGUAAAUCAACUGAGACAAGAAGUACAAAGAAAAAAAGAACGGAUGCAAACUGCAGGAAAGAACACAAGUCAUCCAGAUGAACUGAAAGAGAAUAUCUUCCUUUGUCAAGCUCUGCAAAACCUUUUCCCAAAUUCAGGACUACAGACAAGCAUAGUUACUUUAAAAGGAAGACAGAUUUCUAAGCACUGCUGCAACAUUGAUCACAACAUCAAAGUUAUGGAUCAGCUGACCUUAAUGUUCAAAGAAAGUCGUUUCCUUGAAGCUGAAACAAGGCAAGUAAUUAAGCGAAAAGCUACUGUAACUACAAGUGAGCCAAAGCCAUACAAAAGGCUACGAUCAUUCAAGCUUCGUCAAAAGCUGUUUGGGGAGGACCAAGAGAACAGUGACCAAGAAACAAACAUUACUACAAGUAACACUGAACCAGAUGAGGAUGUAGAAAGAGAGCCUGAAGAACCCCCUGAGUCUCCAACUCUCUAAUCCCUUCAACACAGAGCAAGGAUUUCUUCUUCCAUGAAACUAUUGCCUACAUAAUUACCAUUCAUUCACAGUAUCUGGACAAAAUUCUUGUUAUGAAAAUUCACCCAUCAAAAAUUAAAUCAGCACUAUCCCCACAAUUUGGGGAAGACAAA